UCGGAAGAAAUUUUUAUAGCCGCUCCCCUUGCGCUUCCCACCGAACUGGGCACACUAAGGAACUUGCACUGCUGCUAGUGGUAGGGUGUAGUGCACGAACACCACCGGCCUGUGUUGGUUCUGCUGAAGACCUCCACUCCAUGUACCAGAUCGCAGGCUGCAUCUACCAACAUUGUGCACGGAGGUGAAUCACCACAGGACAGUUAGUUAGCCGUUAGCCAGCGUGGCAACCUCAGGCCCGCGGUCGCCAUGAACUUCAAAGUGCUGCUCGUUACCCUGCUAGUCAUUGCCCUACUCGCUGACUCCAGUGACGCCUGGAGUCGGAGACGCAGACGGCGUCGCACUUCGCGACGCAGACGAAGCUUCUUCAGGCGUCUGGGUAGCGCCAUCGUGAGAGUAUUCCGCCCGUGCCCUGUUGGCAGCAACUCGUACCCGUACGACAGACAUCUAGCCAAGAAGAUGAUAUGGUACAGCGCUAUUGCCUAUCACACGAGGACACCGCUCACGGGAUGGCGUUGCCAGGCCUGCCAAAAUGUUCUGGUCAAAGGCUUCAAGCUGCUUGAAAGAAUCUACUUCAAACCCCUGCAUCUGGUCGCAUAUGUUGGCUUCGACCCCAAGCUAAGCGCUCUUGUGGUUGCGUUCCGCGGCACAGAUGGCCCGAAUGCCAAAAACUGGUUCAAGGUUAAUCUGAAGAUCGGGAAACGGACGCCCACUGGCUUGUUUACGAGCGCUGGUAAGGUUCACCGUGGCUUCUACAAUGCUUACAUGGCGUUGCGCAGCCGUGUCUGGGAUCUGGUACGCCGUGGUCGCGCCAUGUACCGCACAAGCCGUGUAUACGUCACAGGCCACUCCAUGGGAGGCGCGCUGGCCGUGUUGGCGGCACUGGAUCUAAAAGUCAACAGACGCAUGGACGUCCGCAUGAUCAACUUCGGAGCGCCGCGCGUUGGCUCGCCAUGCUUCGCAAGGUAUUACAGCCAACGGCUCACAAACAGUCUGCGCAUUGCUCACAAAUGGGAUCCGGUCACGCUGGUGCCGCUCGUACUCCAAGGAUACCACCACGUACCCCGGUACCACAACGACCGCUCUUCCCUUGCCAACCACCUCAAGUAUGAGAACGUCGUCCUUGCCAAAAUCAGCUCGCGCAGGAAGCGCAAACGCCGUGACGUCACCAUCACCAUCACCGAUCUCGCCCCGCACGAGAACCACCACAAUAAGUACGCACAUCAUGACAUCGUGUGAUGACGUCAUUACGAGGUAAAGUUAGUUCUAGCCGCCUCGCAGGCUGGCACUACCAGAUCCGCCGAGUGCGUGUUUUUCUUUUACGAUAAUUAUAAUAAUUAUGGUGUAUCCCGGGUGUGACAAUUCGUGCGUCUGUCAUUUCAGCAGUGAGCUGUGAAGUAGGUUUCUGUAUCUGUGAAUGGAGAACGGUUAUAUUUUACUGGUUAAUUGUAACAAGAAAACUGUUCUGAACGAAUCCUCAAGUUCCUUUUUGUUGUGUGCCCUGCAAUCACCGUUUACUCAGGCAUGUCGACAUACUAGGAAAAUUUCUUACAACUAGUCUUCCUUGUUGCUACAUUCUAGGCUGCUGUCUCGGAAACGUUUAGUUAAAUAAGCAUCUGAGACUACUAGGCUUUGUCAUAAUCUUGUUCCAAACCGUUUUUUUUUGUUUCUUUCCGUGGAUCUUACUUUUGCCCGUAGUCAACACUAUGCUGAUCAACCUGUU